UGGUUCUGUCCACAGAGUGAGUUCUGUGGUGACAAACCCAAAUCUGGAGCCAAAUACGGACUCCCGGAGCACCUGGUCAUCUUGUCGGAGAUGGGAGAGGUGACUGAUGGAAUGCUGGACACUAAGAUGGUUCACUUUCUGGCCAACAACGCAGACAAAAUCGAGUCUGUCCAUUUCUCAGAUCAGUUCUCCGGUGCCAAGCUCGUACAGGAGGAGGGUCAACCUUUAAAGAUGCCAGAGUCAAGAAAGACACUACUUUUUACAUUCAAUGUUCCUGGCAUGGGAAACGUGUCCCCCAGAGACAUGGAGUCUCUGUUUCCCCUCAUGGACAUGGUCAUCUACAGCAUCGACAAAGUCAAAAAGUUCCGCCUCAACAGGGAGGGUAAGCAGAAGGCCGAGAAGAACAGGGCUCGUGUGGAGGAGAACUUCCUGAAACUGACACACACUCAGCGUCAGGAGGCUGCCCAGACACGCCGUGAGGAAAAGAAGCGUGCUGAGAAGGAGCGUAUCAUGAAUGAGGAGGAUCCAGACAGACAGCGCCGCCUGGAGGUGCAUCUGCCACUUCUUACCCUGCUGUUUUCAUGUGGGCUUCAGGAUUGACCAAUGAGACUUCUCAAUGCCAGCCUGGCAGCAAGCUCAGUACUCUCACCUCCGAUAUUUCAGUGUCCUUACCCUACCUGGGCGCAAUCCUGCACCUGUCUUAGUAGCGACACACUGGAGUCUUUUAUCACACAAUUUCAUUAGUGUUUAUUAGGGAUGCACAGAUGCAUUGUGAUGAAUAGAUUCAAGUGGUGAUUCAGCUCCAUAAUCUGUCACAUUACAAUCAGUUAUAAACUAUUUUGGGGGGCAAAAUCCACCUUUUAAGAUACUCUUACUUCCAGGUUGCAUGCUGUCACGCUCAUGUCCUACAAGUAGGUUCUCAAAGUAGCAGCACUAGCAUGAGAACUUCCAAAAAGUGUAUGAUAGCUUGGGAAGGCCCAAUAAUAUUCAUAACGGAAGCAUUACCUGAUCUCUGCUCUACGACACUUUUGGGAAACUCGCACAUGUUAUGUGGUACAGAACGUUGUCUGGUUGAUAUUUGUUCUACAAUGCUUUUGGGAAACAGUUGUUUUUGCUAGCUACAGUCAAGAUACUGACGUAGCUAAUUGCUACCUUAGUAAAAAGUUAUUGUUAACCAAUAUCAUGCAUCUUGAGGGCUAACAUAUUGGUAUAGGUUGAAAAAUCAAGUUAUCGAUCUAUCACUUAUCGGUAUUCAAAGAUAGCAGCACCUGAGCUAAAGACACAGCUACUAAAAUAAUGGAGAUUGGACAAUCCGUCAUUUUUCAUUGUGGAAUUUGGCUCAUUCAUUACUUGGGUCUCAAAGUAGCAGUCAUAAUUUAUUUCUACGGCUGCACAAUAUCACCUCACGAUUAUAUUGCGCAUGUGUAAAAAUCACCAGAACUUUAGGUGCCUAAUGUAAACAUUUUCCUGGAUGCCGGCUUCUUGGUGCUAUACGAACAUUUACUUACACCCACAAUUUGGUAAGCAGGUUAGUAAUUUGGUUAAAAUAUUGAGAGGUGUAUUGAUGCCCAACAGCUGGCCUCUGGACAAAUAUUUACCCGUCAUCGCGGGGCUCAGCGUGGACUGAGGACACCCUACUUGUAAACAUGAGGCUCCCUGUGUGCUGAUUAUGGGGAGGGUGUCAUCAACGCACGGCAAGCCCCAUGUUUACAGGGAGGGUGUCAUCAAGGCACGGCAAGCCCCAUGUUUACGGGGAGGGUGUCAUCA